CCACGUGCUCCUUCUUAUUGGCUUCCCUUCUGCUCUCAUUAGUGCUCUACCACCAUGUCUUCUUUCUUUGGCCUCGGAAAAACUCGCACAUUCAAGCCCCGGAAGGAUGUCCCUGAGGGUACUAAGCAAUAUCAGCUGAGAAAGUACGCCGAAGCUACACUGGGAUCCGGAAAUCUCAGGCUCGCAGUACAGCUACCCGAAGGCGAGGACACCAAUGAAUGGUUAGCGGUCCACGCCGUCGAUUUCUUUAACCAUCUGAACAUGCUGUAUGGAACUAUUACUGAGUUUUGCACGCGCGAAGAGUGUCCCAUAAUGUCUGCAGGACCCAGAUAUGAGUAUUUGUGGGAAGAUGGCAUCAAAUACAAACGUCCGACAAAGCUUACCGCCCCUGAAUAUGUCGAUGCUCUGAUGAACUGGGCACAGAACCUGCUUGAAGACGAGGCAGUAUUUCCUAACAAGAUUGGUGUUCCUUUCCCCAAGAACUUCCGUGACACUGUGCGGACCAUUGUCCGUCGUUUGUUCCGCGUAUAUGCGCAUAUAUAUAGCAAUCAUUUUGAUCAUAUAUGCGCUCUGGGUAUAGAAGCCCACCUCAAUACGAGCUACAGGCAUUUUUUCCUAUUUAUUAACGAAUUUGAUCUUGUCGACAAGAAGGAGCUGGCCCCGCUGGAUGAACUCAACGAUGCCAUUUUAGCAGAUGAUAAGGCCCGGUAGAUGUAAUGUAAAUGUUUAUACCCAGGUUACAGUUUGUAUGCUUUUCUACGCUAAUUUGAAUCGAUGAGAGAUAGUAU